AUGGCCCAGGAGAAGGCUGGGGGCCACCUGCUCACUCACGUCCCAGCCAUCUCCUUUGAGACCGACUCUACUGUGGAGUGCACCUCCAAGAGGACUCCGGAAGAGAGGGAACGGGCAAAAAGUAAGAGGAGUGGCAAGAAGUCAAGGAAGCUGGACACUGACAAUGAUGCAGUCUCUAGGAAUAAACACCUGGAUAGAGGAUCUGUAAUUGAGCUCCUGGAGAAGAAAGCUGUUCAGGCUGCAUUCGGCCCAGGCAACAAGGAUGAGAUGGAAUACUCCUACCCAAUCCUCAUCUCAUUCCUGCGCAAUCUUACUGAUGAGCAGUGGCAAGUGAUCUACAAAGGACUAAAAAACCCUAUGACGAAGGAACAGCUUGCCAAAUUGUGCAAGACAAUUGUAACCUUCAUCGCACAGAGCACCCUGCAGAUCCUGCUGCCAGCCCUGGCCCGCGUACUUGGGGUAAAGGACUUUGCUGACGACGACACUGACUCACCCAAGAGGGGUGGCAGUGCAAGAUCCUUUGCUGCCUUUGAUCAGGAAAGACUGGAGCUCAUCCAGGAAGUUAGAUAUCUGGCGAAGAAAAUGUAUAAGGGCGGCACAGGGGCUCAACAUCUCAGGUCCCUAACACCCUCUUCUAAGAGUUCCCAGACCUCAGUGAAAGUCCUCCUGGGAAUGACAGAGGACAGAAUCAUCAAAAGUGUCCAGGAGCAACUGUCUGAUCAUAAUAUCCUGUCCUCCUGCCCACCUGAGCUGACUGUUGGUCUUAUCAAGGUGGUGGUCGAACAGCUUAACUCUGCCCUCUCUGCGACCAUCAGCAGAGCCAUUUCAGGGCGGUCCUCCCCUAUUUCUUCUGGUACCCAGGCCGCUGAACAAAUGGUCAACAUGGUCCAGAAAUGUUUUGAUGAUCACACCACCCCAGAGGACCAGAGCUCUACCUCUGUAUUAGAGUCGUGCAUUCCACCUGCAACAGAAGAAGUGAGGAGCUGA